UCCCCUGUCCUAGUGCCCCGACCCUCCCUGUCGCUGCACCUCAGCCAGUGGGUGUCCCUGGGCGACAAUGUCACCCUGCGCUGCCACCUGCCCAGGUCAGCUGCACAAGUUGAGCUCUACACGGAAGGAUACUGGUGGUAUGUAAAGCAGGCAGACAUGGACAUGGUACAGGACACGGCUGAAUUCCUCUUGGUUAGUGUAGAGCGGAAAGAUGCAGUGAAAUAUCAUUGCCGGUACCGUGUUUUGGAGCCACCAGGGACAUCGGAGAAGAGUGACCCCGUGGAGCAGGUGGUGACAGAUCCCAAAUUGCCCCCACCCAGUAUUUCCAUGAGCUCUGGGAGUAAUGUGGGAACAGGGACCAAUGUCACCAUCUGGUGCAGCAACCAGGAGAACAGGGGCACCAUCUUCCUGCACGAGGAUGGGCACUCAGCCCCUGUCCAGCUC